AUGUUGGGCCCAUUUGGCAUGUCAAUUGACGAUGUCAUCGACAACAUCCAGAACUUGGGUGUGACUGUAUUUGAAAGUGUUGAUGUGAAUGCAAAGACGCCCCUCGUUGAUGGCCAAAAGCUGAAAAAUGCACUGGAAACUAUUCUCAAGAGCAAAGGCGUCUCAUCCGAUACAAUGUUGGCAGAUAUCCAGCACCCUUCGGGCUGCAAAAG